AUGGCCUCCCAAUCCAUCCAUUUGGAUGAUUUGGAGGGGGUUGAAGGUUCGGGCGAGAAUGUUGACAUCUCCCCUCUGUGUUUGAUUGGGAAGAUUCUUGCUCCUAAAAGGUUGAACAGGACGGGCGUCACCAAUAUUCUGCAGGGGGCGUGGCGACCUCGGUUGCCGCUGGUGAUCUCCCCCUGGGCUGAUAAUUUAUUUUUGUUCCAAUUUGGUGAUAAGGAAGACCGACGCCGUGUUCUAGUCGAGGCCCCAUGGUCUGUUAUGGGUAAUUUAUUGGUUUUACAACCACUCAUAGCGGGAAACUCUGCCUCUGACUUGGAGUUCAAAUGGAGUCCCUUCUGGGUUCAAGUUCAUGGAUUACCAGUGGCCAAAAUGACCAGAACCAAUGCACAAAUUAUUGGCCAACAGAUUGGGAAGCUCAUCGGUGUGGAGGCGCUACAUGAUGGUUUGCUGCUUGAGCGAAGUUUUCUACGUAUUCGGGUUGAAGUGGAUAUCACCCAACCUCUUCCCUUGGGUUUCUUCCUUCAGCUUAAUACUUCUUCAGCAGCAACAGCUAAGGAGUCCUGGGUGAGCUACAAAUACGAGAAGUUGGCUGAUUUUUGCUAUGAUUGUGGGCGAAUUAGACAUGACAAUAAUGUUUGCAAAUUUGUCUCGCGUGAGAUUGGCCUGAAAUCUGGCUAUGGACCAGAGCUGCGGACAGGACGAGCGCCUAAGCUGGACAUGUCGCCGGAAUAG